AUGGACGAAUCGACGAGUGGCGAUCGUGAGAGGCAACACCGAUCGGCGGAAAUAAACACGGGCCAAAAACAAGGGGCCACGUGCUUGAAUAUGGCUAAUUACGCGACCUCGAACGAGGCAUGCAACUUAUCAACAAUACCGAAACGGAAAUUGUCCGUGUUUUAUCGAUCGUUCGACGUGAUCGCGCAGAUCGAUCAAGAGAAGGAAAAGGAGACGCUCGAUUUUAGACGAACUUCGAGCAGCCCGUCCGUUCGAAUCGAGGGUAUUCGAGAGGAUAACGAUUCGAACGAUAACGAUGAAGCUGAUCAACAAACGAGUUUGCACAAAAGAGAAUUGGUAACUUAUCGUUCGUUGAUCGAGAGUGAGAAGUUUUUGAGCGGUUCAUCGCCGGAUCGUCUCAGCGAAAAGCCAUCCUCGAAUAACGGGCAGGCUUCGAAAGUUGGUUCGUUAUCUCCGAAGACGAUCGAGUUGUCUCAAGUUCGAGAGGAUACGAUCGUGGAUAAUUAUUCCACGAUUACCGAGACUUCGAUCGGGAAACGUUAUAAGUUGAAUAAUAAUGGGAAUUAUUCCGAGUUGAAAGUCGCCGAUGAAAAUGUCGCGAUUAAUUCCCAUCAGACCGAUUCAUCAACCGAUCCGACCAACACCGUCCGAUCGUUCGCGGAGAAAAAAAUUGGAAACGGCGAGACGAACAACUCGACCAAUGGGACAAUCGAUUUCCAUCGUGGAAAUUCAGUGCAUGCCACACGCUCAAUUUGUUCCCAUGCCACCGAUCUGGUUAAGAUCAAAGAUUCGGAGUAUCCCCGCUCGUUUGUGAACGCAUCGAGUGCCGGUCGCCUCGGGAAAUAUACAUCAGUCGAUGCCGAAAUGUCGAGUCACGAGGAUAGCUCGAUCGGUUCCGAUAGCGAGGAUGAUUCGAUUGAACGGAAUAUGCACGCUGCGUUGUGUUCGAGGGACGAAGGGAAGAUCGAGAGGCGGCGAUCGAAAAGUGACAGUCCAUUGUCGCAACCCUUGUCAUUGUUUUGCUCGAUGACUGAACCAUCGCGGAAACUUUCGAGGGAAAUUGAUGAGCACGAGGAAAGCGAGGAUCCUGAGGAAUUUCGUUCGAAACGAGAGGAGCGACAAAGAUUUUUUGCCACAAGAAGAUCUUUAUCGGAAGGUGACUGUGAACGAUACCAUCGCGCAAAAUGCCGUUGCAAAUACAUGAAAGAGGAAGAAUCGUUCGAUGAAAGAAUGCAAUUUCUAGCUUUUCCUAGUUUUAACGACAUCAAACUACAGAUUAUCGGAUUAUCGUGCUCUAAAGAUAUAGAUAACGUGUACAGAGAAAAUUUACCGGAGAAAGAGCUCGAGCGCAAAUAUAUUGCGUUUUCAAUAGGACUUGGUUCCGAUAGAAUUACCUUACAUCGAAGAAUGGUUUUAUCGCUGCGUCAACGAGAUCAGUCGGAACGAAAUUUUAUGAAUGAAAUACAAAGAAUGCAAGAGGAUAUAAAAGAUUUAUGUUCGCUUUGCACGGAUCAAGAGUCAAUAGACAAAGUAGAAAAAGUUCGUCAUCGAUUAGACAUGAUAGCACGGUCAGCCCAUAGAAUUUCUUGCGCUGCUGAAACACUGGGAGCAGUGUACCAAGAACACAGACUUUCUAGAGCGAUUUUUAUAGGUGACAAGUAUCUGCAAUUAUUACGAUCCAGAUGCGAAAAUCUAGCAACAGAUAUUGAAGAAAUCAAAGAAAUUUUGUUGAAGAAUAAUAUUAUGAUAGAAGAAACUUCUGGAGAGAUGGGAGAUGAUUUACCUAAAAUUCGAUACAGAAAUGGAUUACCUUGCAAUAAUCGAACAAUGAUGGCUAGGAGAAGAGCUAGCAUCGCUACAAUUACACGACCUUUAUGUUCUCAAGAUGUUUUAAAGGAAGUUCCUAGACAACGAAACUCUGUUUCCGGAAGAGUUACUUUAAGACGUCCAUCAUUAUGUUUCGAAACGCAAAAAUGGGAAAACGAAAAAUUACAUCGAACAGACAGUGUAAAUAGUGUCAUUGAAUUACGUGACAUUUUUGAACAUACUGAGUUGCGAAGAAAUUCAAUUGAAGAAAAUAAUAAUCUCUUAAGAAAUGAUCAAAAUAAUAGCGUUUAUAAUAGCAUAAAUUGUGAUAUCACUAAUAAUGUAAAAGAUAAAGAUCGAUUAAUUACAAAACAAAAUUCUUUCUUGGAAUUAAAUGUGGCUAAAACUGUUGAAAAGCAGUUAAAAUCAUGUAUACGAACACAUAAUGUUGAACCAUUGCGAAUAACGAGAAAUAUCGAAACAUGGAGGCCGAUAUUGUGGUUUGCAUUCAUCUUCUUUCUCGGAUUUUAUGCAAAACAAAUUAUUUCAACGUUUGUUACAUAAUACAUUAAAAAAUUUUGAUAGUAAGACUUAGCAUUUUUUGUGUUAUAAUAUUGCAGUAUUAAAAAAAAAUUUAUUCAGUGUAAUAAUUUACAAAGAAAAAUAAUAAAAAGCGUUAUUUACAAA